AUGAAGAUCGCGAUCUUCGGAGCCACCGGCAGAACCGGGCGGGUCAGGCUGGGGCUGGCGCUGGAGCAGGGUACGGGACACCCCAAAAACGGGCAGGAGCUGAGCAUGGAGAGCAGGGAGGAGAAAUGCCCGCGGCAGGAGCUGGUGGAAGAGGCCGUUUUGAGCGGCUCCACGGCGCAGGAAGGCAACGGGGAGGAAAAGGCGCGGAGAUGCCGCACGAGGAGGGGCUGCAAAGGCAGCUGGCGGGGAUGUGAGGGGGAAAGAGGCGGCCUGGGCCGGGAAGGCGGCCGGAGAUGGAGCCAGAGCUCGGAGCUGGUGCUCCGUGAGCAGCUCCGUGAUGGGGAGAAGCCCCACACGUGCGGGGAGUGUGGGAAGAGCUUCAGGUGGAACAGCGACCUGAUCGAACACCAGAGGAUUCACACUGGGGAGAGGCCCUACGAGUGUGGGGAGUGUGGGAAGAGCUUCAGCCAGCGCUCCAGCCUGAUCAGGCACCAGAAGACUCACACUGGGGAGAGGCCCUACAAGUGUUCCAAGUGUGGGAAGGCGUUUCAGUGCAGUUCUGAUCUCCUCAAGCACUAUUGGAUUCACAGAGAGGAGAGGCCCUUCCAAUGCCCCGACUGUGGGAAAGGAUUCAAGCACAACUCCAGCCUCGUCACCCACCGGCGCAUCCACACUGGGGAGAGGCCCUACGAGUGUGAUAAAUGCAGGAAGAGGUUUCGGACCAGCUCUCAUCUCCUCCAGCACUAUCGGAUUCACUCAGAGGAGAGGCCCUUCCGCUGCCCCGACUGUGGGAAGGGAUUCAAGUACAACUCCAUCCUCGUCACCCACCGGCGCAUCCACACCGGGGAGAGGCCCUACGAGUGUCCCCAGUGUGGGAAGAGCUUCUCACAGAGCUCUAUGUUGACCCGACACCAACGGAGGCACCACUAAGGGAAGCACUGCGAGUGC